GAACAUGGAACAAAACGUACCCACCCUUGUAGCAAAUUGAAACCGGUACCAUUAGAAAGGUCUUUGAAAAUAUUUAAACUUGUUGUAUGACACCAACUUUGUAGCUCAUGGGGGAAAAAAGAUAUUCGGCGUUAAAAAUGCCGAAAAUCAUCGAAUUUCCCUCAAGCGCAUUCAACAUGUUCGCGAUAUAAAUGUGCAUAAGUGCAAGUGAGAUAGAUAGUGUGGCGUCAGUACCUCCGCCGCGCCGCCUCGAUCUUUUGUUCUCGCCAAGUUACUAGUUAGUACUACCCGUACACAUAAAGAAUGGUAUUGAAAAUGGCGUCGCUUUCUAACCUCUCACUCGCACUUAGCGGAUUGUCGCUAUACAUCCCGUUUAUGCUGACAAAACCGGCCUACUUUGCCGCCAUUUCUAAUCCCAUUCUUUAUCUGUACGGGUAGUACCUGUUUGGAACUAUCUUUGAGCGCGCGCAUUUUUGUCAUCUUAGUUUUUUUAUCAUUGUUUUACCUACAACCUCAGCCUUCACAACGGACUUUAGUGUAUUGCUUAACGACUGGAUUUGACGAAAUGGAAGGUGAACGCCGUGUAGUGUGUAUUACGUGUACAAGAUCAGUACUACGUGACCGAAACCGGCAUCAUCUGACGCGAGACUAUUUGGAAGACAAUCCAGGCUUCACAGAGUACGUGAUGGAACGGAUUAACAUAAAUGAGAUGGCCCUCAAUCAAGUCCAAUAUAUGUGUCAUCGUUGUUGGGUAGCUGGAAGAAGACAGCAAGCCAGGUUCGAACAAGAACAAAACCAAGAACUCGGAAAUCCAGAGCAACCAACCAUGCAACCAACGUCGGUUCCAACUUAUAGGCGGGUUGCAAAUACGGCGCGUCACUGCUUAUUCCGCGGGUGCAUCAACCAAGAACUUCAUAGAGUGUCCAGCUUUAUAAAAGUACUUUUGUUAGUUGAUUAUAGCGUAUACGUUCCUGAAAAUGCACGCAUUUGUGCACAUCACAUCAACUCAAAUGAUUGGAGCUCCCUGUAUGAAAAUGGGGAGACGAUAUUCACGCCAGAUCAGCUAAAAGACAUGAUCGACACGUUACGAGCUGCAUAUAAACAUAAGACAAAUAUAGAUUUUGACAAUGCACUUCAGCUAGGUAAGCACUUCGACUUUGAAACAGAGGUCAGAAGUCCUACUCCGGAUACCACUCAUACAGAAGACUCGGACGAGUGGACUGAAGACAAGUGGACUGCUGAAGAGAUUGAAAGGGAGCAAUUCUCAGCGCCACCAGAGCCUAGGCUGAACAUUGAAAAUCCGGAAAAUAAGGCACCUUUGGAGUAUUUCAAGGCACUUCAGCUAGGUAAGCACUUCGACUUUGAAACAGAGGUCAGAAGUCCUACUCCGGAUACCACUCAUACAGAAGACUCUGACGUGUGGACUGAAGACAAGUGGACUGCUGAAGAGAUUGAAAGGGAGCAAUUCCCAGCGCCACCGGAGCCUAGGCUGAACAUUGAAAAUCCGGAAAAUAAGGCACCUUUGGAUUAUUUCAAGGACGAUUGGCAAUACGGCCAAAUUGGCGCAUCAAAUUAUACGUCUCAGCCGAUCCACAUGGUCUCAUGCACAGGUUACACAUGUAUAAAGGUUCUGCUGAUACUGAAGUUGGGGGCAAAGGACAUGUAG